UGUCGCAUCGUUUUGAGAGAAGCUUAACCCACUCUUUUCGCCAAAUUUCACUAUUGAUAAGUCUGAUUAUGUAGUAACUUUCCUAAACAUAACGGAAAAAAAUGCGAAUUCUUAUCUGACGAUUUGUCCAGCUUGCUUUCGUUGAGUGGAUACAAUCCCAUUGAAUGCAGUUCCCGUUGGACCGUCUGCCGUGCAUAGCCUCUUCUGCGAAAUGUGGGCCUUAAUGCCUCGGGUGAGGUUUUACAAUGGUUUUGAGGUACCACUCGUUGGAUUGGGGACGUACCUGACCAGAGGCGAGGAAGGAGUCAAGUCCAUCAAACAGGCAAUCGACAUCGGCUACCGGCACAUUGACACCGCGUACAGGUAUGGCAAUGAGCGUGAGGUAGGUCGAGCAGUGAAUGAAAAAAUAAGCGAAGGAUUUAUCACCCGAGAGGAUUUGUUUGUAACGACAAAGCUAUGGAAUUCGUUCCAUGCACCUGAACACGUGGCCGAAGCCUUCCAUCGUUCGUUGAACAAUUUGAAAAUGGAUUAUGUUGACCUGUAUUUGAUGCACAUGCCGAUGGGAUUGGCAUUUCGUGGAUUCCAAGAGCAAGAUCUCAUCACCUAUGACAGCACCGGUAAAGUGGCAUUUUCGGAGGUCGAUUUUUGUGACACUUGGAGAGCGAUGGAAGAGCUUGUUCGUGGUGGCAAAGUACGCAGUAUCGGAGUUUCAAAUUUCAAUUGUGAACAAUUGAGCCUUCUACUAUCGGUAGCAAGCAUCAAACCUGUUACCAAUCAGGUGGAAUGCAAUCCCGGCUUCACACAGAAGCCUCUAAUUCAGUUUUGUCAGCGCCAUGAUAUCACAGUAACAGCAUUCAGUCCCAUGGGUCGAGCAGAUAGGAGCGAUUCGUCCUGCCGAGUGACGGCAGAUGUUCUACAGCAUCCGAAGGUCGCCGCUAUCGGUGCGAAAUAUGGCAAGACACCGGGGCAAAUUGUGCUUCGCUACCUGAUUGACAUUGGCACGAUACCAAUCCCGAAACCGUCGAACCGCGCGGAGAUGGUGCAGAAUAUUGACGUGUUUGACUUCGCGCUGACAACCGAUGAGAUUGCUCUAAUGGACCGGUUCGAAGGGGGCAAGAGGGCAGUACCGUUGAAAUAUUACAGUCAUCAUCGAUAUUAUCCGUUCAAGUGUGGGGAGAUAUAAUCGGAUUAGUGUACAAUUAGUGGUUGAGUCAGGAAUACUAUUUAUGAAGUAGCCAUGCGCAAUAAGAGAUAACUGUGUAAUAAACACAUACAAUUAAUGAAAUAACAAUCGCUUUGAAAUUUAGUUAUCGCAUCAUUGAAAAUAAGGCGGGUUAUCGCAAUGCAGUAUCAUCAACCAAACUAGUGACUCGUGUCCGGCACGGCUCGGAAACCGGACCUCCCUUUUAAGGGGCUUUUGAAAUGCCUCCAAAAUGUUAUGAUGAAUUCGAUGAAAAUAAGUAUCAUCUGUUGGGUUAGAAAUUUGGGAAUUUGGCGACCCAGCUGAUAACUAAGAAAAACAAAUGGGAAUGGUAUAUUCCUUUGAUUUAUAUUACGAAUAUUUGAGCACUAUUUCGCAUCGAUGGUCUUUACGAC